AUUUUGAAAGUCGGAGGACCCAAAACUCAAAAUCUUCGUAGUCCCCAAUUCUCUUGUCUUGCACAUAAAGACAUCGAAUAAGAACUUCAAAUCCCCGUUGAUACACGAAAGCUAUAACCUUCCAGAUUUUCCGAUCUUGAAAAAAGCAAGAUUCUUGAAUGGCGUCUGUGGAGGUAGCGAUGAAACCAGCGGAUUCAGGUGAUAGAGACGAGAGCUGUUCAUCGAGGCCUACAACAGCAAAAGCAGGUGAAGGUUUGAGGCAGUAUUACUUGCAACAUAUCCACGAUGCUCAACUCCAGGUUCGCCAAAAGGGUCACAAUCUCAAUCGUCUUGAGGCUCAGCGUAACGAGCUCAAUUCUCGGGUCAGGAUGCUUAAGGAAGAGUUGCAGCUGCUUCAAGAGCCCGGAUCUUAUGUUGGUGAAGUUGUCAAAGUGAUGGGAAAGUCAAAAGUACUAGUCAAGGUGCAUCCAGAGGGUAAAUAUGUAGUUGAUAUAGACAAAAGCAUUGAUAUUACUAAAAUAACCCCAUCAACAAGGGUAGCCCUUCGCAAUGACAGCUAUGUUCUCCAUUUGGUUUUGCCAAGCAAAGUUGACCCUCUGGUCAACCUUAUGAAAGUUGAAAAAGUUCCUGAUUCUACAUAUGACAUGAUUGGUGGGCUAGAUCAACAAAUUAAAGAGAUUAAAGAGGUGAUAGAACUUCCAAUCAAACAUCCUGAGUUAUUUGAGAGUCUUGGAAUUGCUCAACCGAAGGGAGUUUUGUUAUAUGGGCCACCUGGCACAGGAAAGACUUUAUUGGCAAGAGCAGUUGCACAUCAUACUGAUUGUACCUUCAUUAGGGUUUCUGGUUCUGAAUUAGUACAGAAAUAUAUUGGAGAAGGGUCUCGAAUGGUGAGAGAACUUUUUGUUAUGGCCAGGGAACAUGCUCCAUCAAUCAUAUUCAUGGAUGAAAUCGAUAGUAUUGGGUCUGCUAGAAUGGAAUCAGGAAGUGGGAAUGGUGAUAGUGAAGUACAAAGAACAAUGCUUGAGCUUCUCAAUCAACUCGAUGGAUUUGAAGCAUCAAACAAAAUCAAGGUUUUGAUGGCUACAAAUCGUAUUGAUAUCCUGGAUCAAGCCCUUCUCAGACCAGGAAGAAUUGAUAGGAAAAUUGAAUUCCCAAAUCCCAAUGAAGAUUCACGGUGUGAUAUUCUGAAAAUUCAUUCAAGAAGGAUGAACUUAAUGCGUGGGAUUGAUCUGAAAAAGAUUGCUGAGAAGAUGAAUGGUGCUUCGGGUGCUGAGCUGAAGGCGGUUUGUACGGAAGCUGGGAUGUUUGCUUUAAGGGAAAGAAGAGUUCAUGUAACACAAGAAGAUUUUGAGAUGGCAGUUGCUAAAGUUAUGAAGAAGGAAACUGAGAAAAACAUGUCACUUCGCAAGCUAUGGAAGUAAUCUAAUCUAGUCCUAUGUGUUUGUCUGUAUGGAGCUCUUAAUGAAACAAGAACAUGUCUUUUCUACCUUAAUUCCAUCAAACUAAAUAAUCAGACUUCAUAUCUUUGUUUUUUUUUUUUUUAAAUUGUUUUGGACUACUAAAGAUUUACUUUAUAUUUGCAUCUGAAACUGUUAAAAGUUGAUCCUUUGAAAACUAGUAGUUGAUCUCUGGG